AAUACAAAUAACAGACGCAGAGGAGGAAAGUGACAACGUGAAAAAGGGGAUAUGUUGUUAAAUUUCUUGGCAAGAUGUCGGGCCACGAUCAACUGGUCCUCUGUUUGUGUGAAUUAACAAGGCUGCUGUGGAAGUUGCUGCUGCCCCUGCUGUUCCUGUGUGUGCUGCUGAUCGCUGUCCUGGUCCUGCUGGUGCUGGCGGUGCGUUUCUGGCUUCAAAGCAGCAGGAACGCUCGGCGGGCGAGGGACGGCCGUCCCACGGUCGCUUUCUUUCACCCCUACUGCAAUGCUGGUGGUGGGGGAGAGAGGGUGCUCUGGUGUGCUAUCAGGGCACUACAGAACAGGUACAGGGACAUCAACUUUGUGGUGUACACGGGGGACCUGGGUGUGACGGGCCAGCAGAUUCUGGAAGGGGCUCGGCGUCGUUUCAACAUUGUGCUCCCCCGGCCGGUUCAGUUUGUGUUCCUGAAGCACCGGCUGCUUGUGGAGCCAGGCCUGUUUCCUCACUUCACCCUGCUGGGACAGAGCGUGGGCUCCGUCUUCCUGGGAUGGGAGGCACUGACGGAGUUUGUCCCCGACCUUUACAUUGACUCCAUGGGCUACGCCUUCACGCUGCCCCUGUUCCGCUACUUGGGAGGCUGCAGUGUGGGGAGUUACGUUCACUACCCCACCAUCAGCACUGACAUGCUGUCUGUAGUGAGAGAGAGGAACCCCAGGUUCAACAACCCAGACUACGUCUCCAACAGUCUGUUCCUGAGUGCCUUCAAGGUGGUCUACUACUGCCUGUUCGCCCUGCUCUACGGCAUGGCCGGCUCCUGCUGCGACCUUAUCAUGGUCAACUCCUCCUGGACCCUCCAUCACAUCCUUUCACUGUGGCAUGCUCCCAACCGCACCAGCGUGGUCUACCCACCCUGCGACGUCAGCGCGUUCCUGGACGUCCCACUGGAGGAGGACGGGGACAGGAAAUGCCACUCGAUCGUUUCUGUGGGGCAAUUCAGGCCGGAGAAGGACCACCGUCUGCAGAUCAGGGCUUUCAAGAAGGCGUUAGACAAGAGGAGGGAGAGGGUCGGGAGCAUGGAGGGACUGAAGCUGGUUAUGAUUGGCGGAUGCAGGAAUCAGGAAGACGAGGAUAGGGUGCUCAUGUUGAGGGGGCUGUGCCAGGAGCUGGGCGUGGCCGACAGGGUGGAGUUUAAACUGAACAUAUCCUUCGAGGAGCUGAAGAGAGAGAUGGGGGAAGCUACCAUCGGACUACAUACAAUGUGGAACGAACACUUUGGAAUAGGCGUAGUGGAGUGUAUGGCAGCAGGGAAGGUCAUUCUGGCGCACAAGUCCGGCGGUCCCAAGCUGGACAUUGUGGUACCUUUCGAGGGAGGCCAGACAGGCUUCCUGGCUGAUGACGAGGACAGUUACGCGGAGGCCAUAGAGCGGAUUCUGGCGCUGCCGUCCGCCAGCCGGCUGCAGAUCAGACGCAACGCACGUCAGUCCGCAGCUCGCUUCUCAGAUCAGGAGUUUGAAGCCUGCUUCCUUGCUGCUAUGGAGCCUCUGAUGGGAACACUCGAGCGAUGAGAAGAAGUGUGUGUGUGGUUGACGUGAUAGUAGCUAUUUGACACUUUGCGCACCUUUACUUUGAUGCACUUGAAUGGCUGCAUUUACACUGUAGGACUGGCGAGAAAACCCGGUUAUAACUGAAGCAGGGAUCCCUCACAUGCUCACACAUAAGUCUGCUGAAAUUGCUAACACAUGCUAAGAUUGUGCUUAGUUGUUGGCUCACCAGUCAAAGCAUAGCAUACUUGGAUGUUGCCUAAAAGCAGAAAAGAGGCAGUGUACAUUGGAAUCAUAAAACUCAUAAUUGGGGAAAAAAAUGUAUUAUCACCUCAGCUAACAAAUUUUUUGAGCACACUGCUCUUCUUUUUACUGAAUGUAAAUCAAGAAAGUUUUUCAGCCAUCCUUAUGAAGGUCUGAGUACAGUUUAGAUGCAUGGCCUCACAUCAGACACAUGUUUGUAAGGUGAAUGCAAAUCAGGUACCGAUAGAAUCUAAUUCUGUCUGUGCAACAUUGAAAACAUUAGCUGUGGCUGGCGCGAAUUCCGCCACAGCAAAUUGUGUAGUUCUGCUUUACUGUUGAGUUGUAUUUGUAAAUAUCUUGUGAAAUCACAAGCUCUUGUGACAUUUUUCACAGAACGCAUUCUGUCAUUAGUGUCAGUUUAAUUAAAAAGAGAUGCGCUGUAUUUAGUAUGGUAAAAAUGGAUGAAUGGGAACAAAGUAGUCUUUUUUUUUUUUUUUUAUAGAAUGUGCUAAUACUAAACAGAAUUUACAGAUUUACUGUUUACAAGUAUAAUUCUAUGUGUCCAAAAUGUGAAGUAUUUUUGAUAUUGAUGAUGAAUGUAAUAAAGAUAUGAUGGUGGUAA